AGCAAUGUAAAGCAGAUGCAAAUGGGUGAUGGGUCCAAGGCCUGAAUCGCGGUUAGUGGAAACAAGGCCACCUUUGGCUGCAAGAAUGGGGUAUUGGGGUAAAGAUAAAACUGCUUCUGAUUUGGUGGACCAAAUGCAUUUUUUGAAUAUUAAUGUUGUCAAAGCUAGGGAUCUUCCAGUUAUGGAUAUAUCAGGGAGUCUUGAUCCUUAUGUUGAGGUGAAACUUGGUAAUUACGAACGUGUUACAAGGCAUUUUGAAAAGAAUCAAUACCCUGUAUGGAACAGUGCUUUUGCCUUCUCUAAAGAAAGACUGCAGUCUAAUUUGAUUGAAGUCACUGUAAAAGAUAAGGAUUUAGGGAAAGAUGAUAUUGUUGGUAAAGUUAUGUUUGAUAUUGAUGAAGUCCCUCUUCUUGUUCCACCAGAUAGUACUUUAGCUCCGCAAUGGUAUAGGUUGAUCAAUAAGAAAGGAGAGAAGAUUCCACGAGGUGAAAUCAUGCUUGCUGUGUGGAUGGGAACUCGAGCUGAUGAGGCUUUUCCUGAGGCUUCGCAUUCUGAUGCUCAUAUGGCUAGUCAACAGAAUUUGGUUAAUGCGCGAUCCAAAGUAUAUUUCUCACCUAAAUUGUAUUAUCUAAGAGUUCAUGUUAUUGAAUCUCAGGAUCUUCUGCCAUCAGAUAGAAGCCGGAUGCCCGAGGCUUAUGCCAAGUUACAGCUUGGGCACCAGGCAAGGACUACCAAGCCCUCACCGAUGAGACACAUUAAUCCGGUGUGGAAUGAGGAGCUAAUGUUUGUUGUAUCUGAGCCAUUUGAGGAGUAUUUGAUAAUAGAUGUCGUGGAUAGAGUUGGACCGGGAAAAGAUGAAUUGAUUGGCAGGGCUAUGAUAUCACUUAAAAAUAUUCCAACCAGAGUCGAUAACUCUAAGCUAAUAGAUGCUAUAUGGUUCAAUCUUCUCAAGCCUUCUCAUGCAGCAGAUGAUGACGAGAAGAAGAAAGAAGUGAAGUUCUCUAGCAAGAUUCAUCUUAGAGUUUGGAUAGAUGCUGGUUACCAUGUUCUUGAUGAGUCCACACAUUUUAGCAGUGAUCUUCAACCAUCAUCAAAGUUCUUGAGAAAGCCGAGUAUUGGACUUUUUGAAUUAGGUAUUCUCAGUGCCAAGAAUCUGAUGCCAAUGAAGAGUAAAGAGGAUCGAAUUACAGAUUCAUAUUGUGUUGCUAAGUAUGGGAAUAAAUGGGUUCGAACAAGAACACUCAUUGACACUCUCGCUCCUCGAUGGAACGAGCAGUUCUCUUGGGAAGUGUUUGAUCCGUGUACUGUUGUCACCAUUGGGGUCUUUGACAAUUGUCACAUCAAUGGCAAAGAUGAAGCUAGAGAUCAGAGAAAUGGUAAGGUGAGAAUUCAGAGAAUUGGUAAGGUGAGAAUUAGGUUAUCGACUUUGGAAACUGAUCAGAUCUAUACAGAUUUUUAUCCAUUGCUGGUUCUUACACCCUCUGGUUUAAGGAAACAUGGUGAGCUUCAUCUGACCAUAAGGUUCAAGUGUACUGCUUGGGUAAAUAUGGUAGCACAAUAUGGGAGGCCAUUGCUCCCGAAAAUGCAUCAUGUGCAUCCCAUUCCCGUUAGGCGUAUUGAUUGGUUGCGCCACCAGGCAGUGCAGAUAGUAGCUGCAAGGCUGGCCAGGGCUGAGCCACCUCUUAGAAAGGAGGUUGUUGAGUAUAUGCUGGAUGUGGAUUACCAGAUGUUCAGUCUCAGAAGAAGCAAAGCUAAUUUCUUUCGCAUAACGGGACUGCUUUCUGGGAUUUCUGCAGUUCAUGGAUGGUUUUAUGGGAUUUGCAAUUGGCGAAACCCUUUGACGACUAUCCUUGUCCAUGUGCUCUUCGUGAUAUUGAUUUGCUAUCCAGAACUCAUUUUACCAACAAUUUUCCUCUACCUGUUUGUAAUUGGCUUGUGGAACUACAGGAUUAGACCUAGAGCUCCACUGCACUUGGAUGCUCGCCUUUCGCAAGCUGAAAAUGCUCACCCAGAUGAACUGGAUGAAGAAUUUGAUACAUUCCCUACUUCUCGGCAAACAGACGUCAUAAGAAUGAGGUAUGAUCGACUGAGGAGUUUGGUGGGGAGGGUGCAAACUGUAGUUGGAGAUUUGGCAAUACAAGGUGAAAGGGCUCUUUCCAUACUAAGCUGGCGGGAUCCAAGGGCUACUGCUAUAUUUAUAAUCCUUGCAUUGAUCUGGGCUGUGUUUCUAUAUGUUACUCCAUUCAAAGUAGUUGCAGUGCUCAUAGGACUUCACUGGCUGCGCCAUCCACGAUUCAGGAGCAAGCUGCCAUCAGUACCUGUUAACUUCUUCAAGAGGUUACCAUCUAAGUCUGAUAUGCUUUUGUAAGUUGCUGGUAAAUUUUCACCUUAUCCAUUGUAUUCAAGUUGUAAAUAGAGAGAUGGGUUCAGUGAAUAAGUGGGGUAUAAAAGGCUGCUACACAAGACACAAAUGGAAGAGCAGUUUCCCUUGUUCCCCCCUAAUCCCUACUUGCAUAAUUAACAAGUCUUUGUUUAUUUUCUUGGUUGAUAUUGUAAUCAUCCUAUGAGGUUGUAGAGUAUAGUUGUUUGUAUCUGUUUAGAUGUAAAAAGUAUUGUAAAUUCAAAGUUAAUUAGGAUUGUGUACCCA